AUGACGGACACAGUUGUUUCCGAGCUUAACAUUAGUUUCUCCCACACUGAAUUUCUACUUAUGGGAUUCCCUGGGAUAAUGGUCUCCAGGCCUCUACUGGUUAUCCCAUUCCUUUUCAUUUACGUAGCCAUUCUGAUGGGAAACUCUCUCCUCAUAUACAGGAUCUGGGUGGAACCAAACCUUCAGUAUCCCAUGUAUUGGCUCAUCUCUCUUCUAUUUGCUGUCAACUUGUCCUGCACCACCUCCAUCAUGCCAAAGUUUCUGCUGGGUCUUGCCUUUGGCCUAAAUCACAUUUCCUUGAGUGGCUGCCUCAUCCAGAUGUAUCUCAUCUACUCUGCAAUAGUGUUUGAGUCUGCACUUGUCUUGAUAAUGGCCUUGGACAGGUUUGUAGCCAUCUGCCGGCCAUUGCACUACCACACCAUCAUGACCAAACGUCUACUGAUCUGGCUGAAUGUCAUCAAUGUGGCUCGGGUUCUCCUUCUCGUGUCUCCCAUAGUUAUUUCCUUUAUGAAGGUUCCGUUCUGCAGGUCCAACACUAUUCUGAGCUUUGCUUGUGAGAACAUGGGAUUGUUGAGUUUGGGCUGUGGAGAUAUCUCCAGACUGCAAGUUAUUGGACUGAUCAUACGGAUCUUGGUCUCAGUGGUGGAUGGAGGAAUCCUCUUAAUCUCCUACAUUAAAAUCCUCUACACAGCAAUGAAAUUAGUUUCAGGGAAAGCCCAAAAAAAAGCUCUGAGUACCUGUGGGACACACCUGAUGGUGGCUGCCCUUAUCUAUUCCUGUGGUUUAUUGUCCUCCAUCGUAUACCGACUGGGCACCUUUGCGUCAGUUAAUGUUCAGAAUACUAUCAGUGCAAUUUAUUAUCUCUUACCUGCGGCUGUAAACCCCAUUAUAUAUGGGCUAUGUGUCAGUGAAAUAAGACACUGCAUAGAGAAAGCCUAUGGAAGGGGAAAAAAAUAA